CAAUAUCAACGUAGUAUAUUUUUGAAUAAAUAAUUUGGUAUAUAUUCUAAAGACACAAGACACCAGCGGAAGGACAGUCCUAAAGCAUGUGAGAAGGAAAUGAGAAGAAAGAAAAUUUAUCUACAUGUGAAAGAAAAAUCUAUUCUCUCUUUCAUGUUUGUUUCCGUGUAAAAUGGAAUUCCACGUCUUAAUUAACCAAGAUGCUGGGUUCAUACAAAGCUGCUUCUUAAAUUAGGUCAUAAUUGGAGACCAAGAACUAUGGAAUCAGCUGAAGGUAGGGUUCAUUAUAGUACUAAUUCAUUUCCCAAAAAGUUAGUAGCUGAUGGGAAACUUAGCAAUUCAAUUAAUGAUCAAAUUCAGGCUGAUUCAGUUCCAGCACCAGAUAAUAAAAAUUCUGAUAAGCUACCAGAUAUGAAAUGGUGGCUACAUGUGAAAAGCAAUUUCGAUGGUGAAGCAAAUUAUUCCUGCAAGACUGAGCUUGGUGACUUCUAUGCCGAAUUUCUUGAUGGCAAUGUUAAGAAUGGGGAAGAUCAAUCUAUCAUUGACUUUGAUGCUUUUUCUUAUGUUGGAAGCGAUAAUUUUUCCGUAGAUCAGCCACGGCAUGUCUCUCCUACACGUAUGAGAAACAGCCACAAUACCAGAAUGCGAAAAAUGGAAGCGUCAUUGAAUAAUAAUGAUUUGCAUUUUACUCCCAAGAAGAUAGAUCAGAAGGAGGAAUUUGGGUUUACUGAUGGUCGUUUUUUGGACUGUGAUGUUUCCGAUUUCUCGGUCUCUGAAAAAUUGACAUCAUGUAGUCUGGAAUCACAUUGGAUAGGAACUGAGAAACCUGGACCGUGGUGGCGCACUGCUGGAACAGAUGAGUUGGCUUCCUUGGUUGCUCAGAAGUCACUUGAGAAUAUUGAAAAUUGUGAUCUCCCUCAUCCGCAGCCUAAGCAUUUUAGGCAGAGAUUCUCAAAGGGUGUUGAUCAUGAUAAGAUUUCACCAUCACUUUUAAACCAGAAAUCUGAGACUGGUUCUUCCAAUGCCGAUGGUUAUACACCUACUUCUGGCUGUUCUUUUCAGGAUUCAAACAGUCAUUUCAGUUCCGGCCAGAGCAAAGAUUCUUAUUCAAGCAACAAAGAUUGUCAAAUAAAUUCCGAGAAUAGCAACAUUACGGAGCUGUUGGAAGCAUUGUGUCAUUCUCAAACAAGAGCAAGAGAAGCCGAGAAAGCAGCACAGCAAGCCUACAACGAGAAGGAGCAUAUCCUUAGUCUUUUCUUUCGACAGGCUUCUCAACUCUUUGCAUACAAGCAGUGGUUCUACAUGCUGCAGCUCGAGAACCUCUGCCUUCAACUCAGAAACAAAAACCAGCCAUUGUUAAAAAAAAUUCCAGCAGGCUUACCGGGAACGCAGCUUAAGAAAAACCGAGGCAGAGCUGAUAAGAGGAAGAGUAGUGAUAGAAAACGUGGAAUUAGAAAAUGUGUUGUCGCUUUUGCAGUGGGUUGCCUUGCUGGGGCAGGUUUGCUUCUUGGUUGGACCAUGGGAUGGAUGUUUCCUUCAUUGUAAAUGAUGACAUCUUGAUUGGGACAUUGACUAAUGUUUGUGUGCUUCUGCUAUGCUCUUCUGGAGUUUGAGUUCUGUUGUGCUGAUAUGAUUCAAAAGAGUGUGUAUAUAUAUAUAUAUAUAAUGUUAUCCGUUGUUUUCAUUUCCAUCAUUUGUAAAUAUUCCUCUUUCAUUAAGCCGGUUAGUUGUAUAUAUUUAAAGAUGACAUUUGUGUAUAAAGAAUGUGUGUAAUGUAGCAAUGCAAGGCUUUCCAUGUCCAUGUUUUUUUAUUA